UCACAAUAGAUUGUUAAGAGGGGGGAAAAAAGCGGAUGUUGAUGGGUCAUUUCAAAGUGUCGGCGCUAACGUUACUCUCUCCAUCAAAUUAAUGUUACUGAACUGAGAAACUUUUAGUUUCACGGCUAAGAGAGCCGGACUGACACUGUUGUCUAGCUAUUAUAGCCAAGAUGACUCGAAUUAUUGACGGUGAAAGGCUAGCAAAGAGUUAGCUACUUGACGCUGUUUCCAUGGUGAUGGAACUUUUACGUUUAUCGACAAGUCGCUAGCUGCUGACAUUAUUUUAGAGAGCGGCUAUUUAAUAAAAAAAACCCCGCUUGUAAAUGUUUAUAUCGAUGGCUUUGUUACGAAAGUGAAUACAGAUGUCAUCGGCGUUUCAGCCCUCUGAGUCCCAGAGUUUGGGGCUCUCCAGCAGUAAUGGCGCUCACGUUUUACAUCUUCAGUCUCUACCGAAGCAUGGAAAACCAACACCACCAGCAGCAGGAACAACUGAGGCUCAUGACACCUCUCUCCAGCUGAGAUUCAACAGUUUAACACUGGAUGAACUGAGUGAGGAGCUUGACAGGCGAACCAAGGAAACCCAAAGACUUCAAGAAGAGGUGGAAAAUGCAACCAGAGUAGCCUUGGAGAGAUUUUGCUGCACAUAUGGUAUCAAUAGCUCACCUGGACAAAACUGUCACAACCACAGGUUUAAUGUCUCUUGGGAUUUCACUAGUCCAAUCCACCAUCAGGCAGUGACUCAGCCUCUGGUCUGUGGUGUGGAUGGUUUAAACCAGGAGAUGGCUCAAAAGCAAAGCAGUUCUCCUAGGAAGGAGGUGUUGGAAAAUGCAUUAGAUGACUGUCUUCAACAGCUGUCUGACUUGCAGCUCAGCAAGACACACGAUCAACGUGAACAAGAGACAUUCAGUUUUGACAAGGCGAUUGUGAACCUGCAGACCAAGCUGCAGAAAGUUCAAAUGGAGAAGGACGUCCUGUCUGACCUCAGAUUGAAGGAUUCGAGGAAACACGUUGAUCAGAUGGAACAGAUGCUGUGCAUGUUGGAAGAGCUCCAAAACAUCAAAAGGGCCGCCGACCAGAGGCUGCAGGAGACGGAGGAUGAGGCAUUGGCACUUUACAGGAAAGUAGAAACACUGGAACAGAUGAUGAAGGAAACAUACUCUUCACUGUUAUCUUAUGAGAAACAGUGUGGAGACAGCGUCAUCACCAGUCCUAACGUCGCCACUAGUUCAAGACAGCCAUCAGCAGGUGCUAAGUUAACAGAGGAUUUUAACAAUGAUACAGUCAAGCUACAGGAGAAACUUUUUUUGAAGUCAAUGGAACAUCUGGGGAGUGAAGAAGGCAGUGGAGCAAACAAGCAAAAACAAAGAAUGGAAGAAAUUAUUGCAAGUCUUUGCCAGGAGGUGGCACUGUUGACUGACAAACUGAGCUCAUCAAAGCACAACAGUGUUAGUUUAGGUGACAAGUUGGAGCUGUUAAAGAAACUUGCAGAGAGACAGGCAUCACUGCACCAGUGUCAGGUCAGUGAACUUGAGUCAACCCUUUCCAGUCAUAAAGAUAAGGUCUGUUGUCUGGAGCAGCAGCUCCUUCAGGUUCAGUCUGAGUUGGUGGACGCCCAAAGAGAGAAAGAGCAAUCUUUACAUCUGGCAGAGGAGCUUCAGUCCCAGCUCGGCCAAAUUAAGUCAGCCCACUAUGCCUCCUGCUUUAUUUUCCAGAGGGGCAGGGAGCAGCAGCAGUGUGAGCUCCAGGUGGAGGUAAAAGCCCUUAGAGAACAGCUAGAGGAGGCAAGGGAGCAGUUUCGCAGACGUGGGGAGGAGAGGAAUUGCUUACAGGCCCUACUGGAUCUGAGGGCCCAGGAGGGGAGGAAAUCCCAGGAACUCCUACAGCAGAAAGAUGAGGAACUCCAGCUCAGGCAGCAAGAAGCCCAGCAGCAUCUUUCCAGGUUGGAAGAAGCUCAGAGUCAGUGUCAGACCUUGCGAGUAGAAGGAGAGGCAAUGAGGCUGAAGCUGGAUGACAGAGAGAAGCUGAUAGAUAUUCUGAGGUUGCAGAUGGAAAACAGCGUCCAGAUGACAGUGCAGCACAGCCGUACCAUUGACAGCCUUCACCAGGAGAACAGCCUCCUCAGCAACCAGCUAAACCAGCACAAGCUGGAGAUUCAGCAGCUCAGGGCUGAGUUAGACCAGCAGAAGUCAGACCUGGCCACUGCAGAGCAUGAAAGGCGGCAGCUACAGGCAUCUGUGGCCGAACAAAGUCAGCGUGUCCAGGAAGAAACUCUGGAGAAACAGCAACUCACCGCCCAGCUGGAGAUCCAGCGCAUGCAGAUAGUCACCCUCAGAAAGGAGCAUAAGGAGCUGCAGCGGCUCCACAGCUGUAAGAAUGAAGAGCGGGAGGGUGUGGUGCUGAGGCUCCAGAGUCAGCUGAGGAACGCCCAUGACGAGCUGGACCAGGCCAGGAGCACCCUGACGACCCUGGAAGGAGCCGAUGGACACGGCCUCCAAGUAGCCAUGAACAUGCAGAAGGAGAUCACUGCCAGGAGAGAGCAAGUCGACUCUCUGCAGGGCAAAAUCCAACAUCUGGAGGAGACUGUGGAGAAGCUGCACCAGGAGAAGAGAUACCAGAGCCAGGAGAACCAGCAUCAGCUCCAGGAGCUCACCUUCGUCAGGGAGGAGAAGAAACAACUUGCUAAUGAGCUGGAGGCCCUUCGCUCCAAAGACCAACAAUUGAGGGACCGGAUUGGCCAGCUGGAAGCCAUCCUUCACAAGAUGUCAGAGAGCUUUGCGGACUGUCAAGAUUUCAUCCAGCUGCAGGAGCAGGAGUUUUAUCGUCUGAAACUCCAACAUGCCCUUGACCUGAAGGAGCUCCAAGGUCAAAGUCUACACACAGCUCUGAAUGCACCUACACUGGACCUGGACUCCCCGACCCCAUCAGCAGCAGUCACUGCUCCACCCUCCACCCAGCACGUCUCCUACACUCCUACACUACACCUCAAGGGGCAGCAGGAGAGCCCCGCCCGGCAGCUCAGGUCUCUUGUCAAAGAGCUGCGAGGAGCAAUUUCGGAGAACUACAGACCACACACCGAUAACAGCACCGCCGGCAGCAGCUUCCACAGGCGGAGGUCCGCACCAGAGAGAGUGCACAGGACCACAUUCAGUGCUGACAAAGCAGACCAAGUAAAAGCUGCCUCCAGACUGAGAAGAAAAACCUGUGGCAGCGAGCCGCAUUUCCUGAUGACAGCUGUGCUGAAUGGGAAAAUGAUCAACAACAAAUCCUUCAGUGAGGGCCAUGAUAUAUCGAGUCCAGCCACCGGAGUGAAAUACACAUCCUCCCCUCAGCUCCUCUCACUGGGCCGCAGGUCACCUGUCCACUGUCUGCUGACCUCCGACCCAAACAGCUAAUAGUGACAGGACACAACAGACCUGAGGCUGGCUCCUCAUUUUAAGGCUCACCAGAUGAAGUUAGAUGUCAAAAUAAGGGUUUAAAACUCUCCAAUUAAGUGAAUUUUCAUAAUUUAUUGUUUAAAUAAAUCAUUUUAUUAAAA